AAUGAUACCCGUGAACGUACCCUUCCCUGUGGGUUGGCGGAUGUUUUUGCGCAUGUCUAAUCGACGUUUUCUGGGAUGGGUUUUUUAUCGGUGGAAACAAGAUGGCGGCUCUGGCAAGAGCGCCAACAUAUAUACUCGAAUAGAUGUCAGAAGUAUCCCUCAUCGAGCGUUUUGUUCACAACCUGCACGUCUUUCAUGCAUCAUGAAGACCAGGAGCAUGUUUUAUAGCCGGGAUUGAAUAAACUAGGACCGUUAUUAAAGUCAGCAAGAUGUGCGAGAGCUAUGCUCGCUCGCUGCUGCGUGUGUCGGUGGCGCAGAUCUGCCAAGCGCUGGGCUGGGAUGCAGUGCAGCUCACAGCCUGCGACCUGCUCUCCGAUGUUCUUCACAGAUAUAUCCAGCAGUUAGCCAGGGGUUGUCAUCGAUACUCGGAGCUAUAUGGGCGAACAGACCCAGUACUGGAGGACGUGGGCCAGGCCUUCAGACUGCUGGGUGUGAGCCUGUCUGAGCUGGAGGACUAUGUCCAUAACCUGGAGCCUGUGGGGUUCUCCCAGCAGACGCCUCUCUUCCCCCUCAGCAAAAAUAACAUGCUGCAGUUCCCUCAGCCUGGAGUGGGGGUACGGGGGGAUGCCGAGGAGAGGAGGGAAUACAUUCCAGAUUAUAUGCCACCCUUGGUCUCUUUGCAAGAAGAAGAGGAGGAGGAAGAAGCCCUGGCUGACAUGGGCACCUCUGCCGAGGCCAUGCAGGUCCCGCUGGACGAUACAGACGAGGACAUGGAUGACGACGAGGUGGUGAACGAUGAGAACCACCCUGUGAAGAGACACCUGGACAGCCCCGACGCCGCCAUGGGUAUGAUGCCCACCUCCAAGAGGCCUCGCAUGCACCCCGGCUUCAGCCCCGACUGGAGCAUGGAGCCCAGGGAGCCCCUCACCUCCCUCAACCCUCAGCGUGUCCCUCCAGGCAUGAUGGCCUCCCAUUCCCAUGACAGCAUGGGUUCAAUGUCUCUGUCCCCAGAGACACCUGGGCCUCCGACAUUGUUCAGACCCCAGCCGGUGACCCCAGGGAGACACUCUGAUCAUAAGUCUCAUGGUGGUCAAGGCCGCAAAGGGCUCAAAGGCUCAUCCCCUGGUAGGCCACGGACUAAGUCCCCAAAGGGGGUCAAUGCUGGUGGGGCUAUGUCAGGCAGCCCCAUCCGCUCUCCCAAAUCUUCCAAGGAGCGGAAAAAGUCCCCGGGUCGGACCAAGAGCCCUAAAAGUCCCAAAAGCCCCAAGAUGGGUUCUGGAGUCAAGUCUGGUUCUCACUCCCAGGGAAAAGCAGAUGCUCAGGCCCUGGCCCUACAGAGACUUCCCUUGUCGGCCCUCAGCGAGAGGAUGGGGAAGGAAAACAUCCACGUGCGGCAAAGCCUGGAGGAAUGCGAGCUGGCGGGUUUUGUCUCUGAUAAACUCUGCGAACCUGGCGGCGACAACGCUGAUAUUGACGAUUCUAUCGACGCUGUGAUUGCCAGGGCAUGCGCUGAGCGAGAGCCUGAUCCGUUUGCCUUCUCAUCAGGCUCAGAGUCGGAGAGUGAUGGCUUCUCCUCUCCACGGAGGCUUACUAUCAUGGAGCCAGGCGGAACGCCUAAGCUCUCACUGGGUGCCAACAGCCUGGGUAAAGACACUUCUACGCCGCUUCAACUCAAUGCAGACGGUGGCCCCGGGAACUGGACCAUGGACGACUCCAUCAAUGAGGUCCUACGUAAAGUAAACCAGGGAGGUCCCAAUGCGGGACACCCCCAAGGCGAAUCAUACCUGUCCUCAGCAUCCGCCUCGCCCCCGACCCCUGAGCCCCUCCUGAAGAUGUACGAGGAGAAGAACAAGCUUGUCUCCUCGGCUGACAUCAAGAAGAAACUCAAGAAGGAGCUGAAGACAAAGAUGAAGAAGAAGGAGAAAGGAGAGAAGCCAAAAGAUAAAGAGAGGGAUAAGGACAAGGGGAAGAUGAAAGAGAAGAACAAGGAUAAGAACAGGGAUAAGAGCAAAGAUUCUUUCUCCAAGGAGGCCAAGAUGCCGUGGAAGGACUUCGGUAACAAGGACGAUGACCUCAGGGAACACUUCCUGGGUCAGAGGCCAGGGUUCGGCGGACCAGAGGGCUCCAUGAUCAAGAUCAAGUCGCGAGAUGGAGGGGAUGGCAGUGGUAAGAAGGAGAAGGACAAACACAAAGACAAAAAAAAGGACAAGGAGAAGAGCAAGAAAGGCAAAGACAAGCGGGACAAGGGUAAGGACCGGCAGAAGAUAUCCUCCCUCACCCCGUUCGGUUUGGGUGACAUCCCUGCCCUGUUCAGCCCAUCGACGUGUCUCCGCAUCCCCUCCAUGCUGCCGCCUCUUCCGCCUAUCCUCCAGGAAAAGGAUGUGAAGAGCAAGGAGAAGGACAAGAAGAAAGACAAGAAGGAGAAGAAGAAGAAGAAAGAUAAAGACAAGGAGAAGGAAAAGGAGAGGGAAAAGUCCAAGGAGAAGGAGAGGGAGAAAGAGGAGAAGAGGAAAGAGAAGGAGAAAGACAAGGAAAAACGGGAGAAGGAGAAAGAGAAGGAAAAAGAGAGGAUUAGGCUGGAAAAGGUGAGGGUGGAGACUCCAGUUGCUGUCCCAUCACCAGUCAUCCCCAGGCUGACCCUAAGGGUUGGGGCUGGCCAGGACAAAAUAGUUAUCAGUAAGGUGGUUCCCAAUUCCGAGCCACCGCUGCCGCCACCCAAGAUGCCAGCACCCAAGAUCACCGCCACUAAAUCAGGACCUGGCAGUCGCCUUCAGCCCCCACCACCUCCACCACUAUUGUCCCCAGUUGUACCCUCGUUGCUCUCCCCCGCCUCCAUUCUGUCCUCCAGUAAACUGCCUGUACGCAGUGUGAUCACUGAAACUGUCAGAACAUACGUGAUUCGUGAUGAGUUGGGGAACCAGAUCUGGAUCUGUCCUGGUUGCAACAAGCCUGAUGACGGCAGUCCCAUGAUCGGCUGUGAUGACUGCGAUGACUGGUACCAUUGGCCAUGUGUUGGGAUGGUCUCGGCCCCUCCCGAGGACCAGCAGUGGUUCUGUGUGAAGUGUGCUGGCAAGAAGAAGGACAAAAAACACAAGAAGCGGAAACACAAAGUGCAUUGAGACUUACGCAAAACAAAGCACACUUUGGACUUUUCAUUAGCUGGACUGACUGCUUCUUCAAGCCAUACUGGAACACUUUUGGCACUGCUGUAAAAAAAAAGAAAAGAAAGAAAUUAAAAACAUGACAGAUAAGACAUUCACACAUCCUGAUGAUUUUAGUGAAUGACAUGAGCCUAACAGACUCUUUAACCAGCACAUAUCCAACCUCAGCUUUUAAGGCUAUGUCCUAGUUCUGUACCCUUCUCCCAAAGUGUACAGUGGCUUGCACACUAAAAGCAUUGGAUUGAUGUAAGCAUUGGCUGGAGAGAGUUUCCACCAUUGUUUAAAUCGGGAGAAUUAGGACGCAGUCUUUGUUGUGCGAGCCCUUGGCCCAGCGUUCUGUAGGUGUGAUGUCGUCGCAGAGAUCAUGCCUUUCCAUCAUCGUGGUUCCAAACCGAUCACUGUUGAGUUCAAUGUUGUCAAAGAUAGCAUUGGCAUGGUAUAGAGAGAAAUCUACAUGCAUCCAUCUUCAUAUUUUUCUUGUUGUUUUGUUAGUAUUUCCAUAGCCUGGUCCGUUAUCUGUUUGUGCGGUCUUGCCAACUCCUAUGGCCUUUGGCUUUGAGUUGCAGAUGGCAAGACAACACAAAAAUAUUUGGGAACAAGGCUAGUAUUUCCACAAAAAGGUCAAUAACAUCAAACUGAAUGACAGAUUCAGAUCCCCCCGGUUUUCUGCAGUAUCAUUUAAAUAUGUCAUGUAUAUAAAGGUAACUGCAUUUGUGUGUAUUAUAAAAUGCGUAAAUACCAACUUCCAACCAAGCCAAGUGCGUUCUGUUCUUAGGAGUCUUCUGACUUGUGAAAUCCAUUUCCAAAUUAUUGUUCUUUUUUUAAAUGAUUUUCUGUAUAUUUUUUUUAAUAACUUUUUUUUUUUCCUUAUGAAUUGUCCCCCAAUCAGUUAUACUGUAGCUGUGCUCGUUGUACACGUAUCUAAUUUUGCUGAUAUUUACAAUAUUAAAGCCUAACAGUCUCAUUGCCAUCAAUUUUUUUUCAAAAGAAGUCACUCAUUUGUACCUAACUUUUCUGUACGCAACUUUACUUUGAUAUCAUUUGAGGGCAUACGCACUUCUAUCUUCCUUCAUGCAUUUACAUCGAUUGUUCUGUGCAAUUCUGAACCUUUCCCUAUACAUUUUUUUCCCUUUGUUUUGAUGCAUUUAAUUCAUGAAAAUACAGUGGAAAUAUUUUAACAAAACAGUGAAUUUGAAUUUGUUAAAUUAAUCAGAAGAUGUUUUGAUGAAGAAGUAGUAUGUCAUUUUUGCCUUCUUUGGAUUUCUGUCUGAGAAGCAGGGAGUCAUACUGCUCAAAACAUAUCCGUGUCACCAGCUGGAGGUGAACCACUAGCCGUCUGAGCUGUAGCAACCAAGAAGAGCCUAGUGCAGAGUGUUCGAGUAAAUGUUUCUGCUCCCUUGCCAACUCCUUAUGCAUUUCCAAAUACCAUAAGGAGUUGGCAAGAGAGCAGAAAUGGACUGGCACCCAAAAGUCUAGUGUAUAGUCUAAUAGAAUGUUCAAGUACUAAAACCUAGUGCUGAAUGUUCGAGUAGGCCUAAAGCCUAGUGUAGAAUGUUCGAGUAGGCCUAAAGCCUAGUGUAGAAUGUUCGAGUAGGCCUAAAGCCUAGUGUAGAAUGUUCGAGUAGACCUAAAGCCUAGUGUAUAAUGUUCGAGUAGGCCUAAAGCCUAGUGUAGAAUGUUCGAGUAGGCCUAAAGCCUAGUGUAGAAUGUUCGAGUAGGCCUAAAGCCUAGUGUAGAAUGUUCGAGUAGGCCUAAAGCCUAGUGUAGAAUGUUCGAGUAGGCCUAAAGCCUAGUGUAGAAUGUUCGAGUAGGCCUAAAGCCUAGUGUAGAAUGUUUGAGUAGGCCUAAAACCUAGUGUAGAAUGUUCGAGUAGGCCUUAAACCUAGUGUAGAAUGUUUGAGUAGGCCUAAAACCUAGUGUAGAAUGUUCGAGUAGGCCUAAAACCUAGUGUAGAAUGUUCGAGUAGGCCUUAAACCUAGUGUAGAAUGUUUGAGUAGGCCUAAAACCUAGUGUAGAAUGUUUGAGUAGGCCUAAAACCUAGUGUAGAAUGUUUGAGUAGGCCUAAAACCUAGUGUAGAAUGUUCGAGUAGGCCUUAAACCUAGUGUAGAAUGUUUGAGUAGGCCUAAAACCUAGUGUAGAAUGUUUGAGUAGGCCUAAAACCUAGUGUAGAGUGUUCGAGUAGGCCUAAAACCUAGUGUAGAAUGUUUGAGUAGGCCUAAAACCUAGUGUAGAAUGUUCGAGUAGGCCUUAAACCUAGUGUAGAAUGUUUGAGUAGGCCUAAAACCUAGUGCAGAAUGUUCGAGUAGGCCUUAAACCUAGUGUAGAAUGUUUGAGUAUACACUCCGGUAACAUUUUACUUUACUUAAAGCAAACUGGUGUAAUGCUUUAUCUCUUGUUAUAAACCUGUAUGAACCUUUAUAAUUUCUUAUUAUAAUGCUUAAAAAGCCUAAGGUAGGUAGGAUGUUAUAGUAAAGCUUAGUUCAGAAUGUUUAAGUAGUAAUGUCUUCCUGGUGUGGUAAUACACAAAAUGAAAUAGAAUUGAAUUCAUCACAUGCGCCGAAUACAACAGGGAAAUGCUUAAUGCUUACUUAGAAGCUCUUUCCCAAUGAUGCAGAGUUAAACAAGAAGGAAGUUAUAUACAGCAGUACCAUACAGUAUCAAGUUGCAGGGAUACGUGGUAAUUGAGGUAUGUACAUGUAGGCAGGGGAGAAGUGACUAGGCAUCAGGAUAGAUAAGAGUAAAAAGUAUAAGAGCAGGGUAUAUGAUGGGUGUAUGUGAACAUUUUGCCCAUUUCAUGGUUUUCCUGUCAGGCAAUAUGCAGCACAGUUAUGUACCGUUACACAGCAAUUCUUUAGAUUUUGCAUUUCUCCAUAUGACCACAUGGUGUCAUUCUUAAUGCAGGAACUAGCAGGUAUCUUCACAUGCCAAGAAGACAUGAGAGAGAAGCUCUUAUACAAUGUUUUGGAUUCUGGUGCAUGACGAAGUGGAAUUCAUUUAGCUCACAGCAUGCUCAUCAAAAAGCAUAUACCCCCAAAUACUGAAUGUAGAAACUGGAAGGAAUACCUCUCUGGUGUAUAGUUUGGCCCAUUUGGAGAACUCCAUUUACUGCCUUUGAACUGUAAUCAUGACAGUCCACUUGCUUUUGAAGUGUCUGUCUUGUUCCCCCAUGACCCAACAAACCACAGGUGCAAUGGGAUUGAUAAUAGACUAGUAAAUUGAUUUCUGAUUGGUUUAUAAUGAGGCCUACAUCAUGCAGAGGAAUAUUUUGUUGCUUUUCUACCUGUAGGUAAAAUGCUGAGCGCAAUGUUUGAUUGAACAGCAAUAAAGAAAACCAAACACU